AUGGAGAUAAGCCCAAGAAGGAGGCCGAAAAAGCAGCACCACCCCACCAAGCCCGUCGAGUGGCACACCCCGUCGUUCGUCAAAUGGUUUGACGCCAAGUCCUGUAUUGUUCUUGACGUCCAACAGACCCAGGCGUUGUUCUCACAAGGUCGGGAAGCGAGAAAGCUCCCGGCGCCGGCCGUUGAGCGAUCGAAGCUCCCCUACACCCCUUCGAGCUCGACCCGGACACCUGCACCCGUCGUCGUGAGGGCGGUGAAGACGCCGGCACCCACCAUACCGACGAAGAAGCCCUCACCGCUCGCACCCAGCCCAUCAUCGACCCCGGCGGCGCCGAUCCGAGCGCUCCCCCCCGCUUCCCCGAGGAGGCCGACAGUUCCGUUGGCCUCAACCGGGAAACGCCAGCGCGAUGGUAAAGGCUUGCAGAAGCCGGAGGAGACAAGAGCGGAGCGGAUGAAAGCGGCACCGCGCAGACUCCAGAACAUCGGGCCCGUCGCCACCACUGCCACCGCCCUCACCGCCGCCACCAUCACCGCAGCCACCAUCACCACCUCCACCGCCACCACCGCCACCACCAUCACCAUCACCGCCACCAUCACUGCCACCACCGCCACCACCCCCCCCGCCACCACCAUCACCGCCUCCACCACCGCCACCACCGCCACCGCCACCACCGCCUCCACUGCCACCAUCACCGCCGCCACCUCCUGCUCCGAGAAAGACGUAGAGACGAUUGCGGCUGCCAAGAAGAUUGCGGAGGUGCACUGCUGCCACCAACCGCAGCACGAAAACGAGGGGUGGGUACGGAUGCCGUACCUGAGCGACGAGGACGGAGGAAAGGAGGUGGCCGGCGCAUUUGUCCACCUUCCCGUGACGAUCCUUCCGCCGACCUGCGGCCAGGUGCCCGCGGGAAAAGGCGCAAAGUGCGACGCCUGCCACGACGACAGGCGGGGGUGCAGCUGGACGCCCGACGGGCUCGAGUUGCUCUGCAACUACUGCGCGGACGCGCCUCGCCGCGAGCGGAAGCGACAGGGCGACAGGGCGGCUCCCAGUUUUCACCUUUCGUCGAUGCCUGCACCCCAGGUUGUUGUGUUUGGCAAGUGA